UGUGACAAAAUAUGAAUUUUUAUACAAGCGACGCCGGUUACUUAUAAUGUAUAUUAAAAUUUAACACAACGUCGAAAUAAUGCGGUAUUUACCGUUUUUAUUUAUUUGUACUUAUUUAUUAAAGCUGGUUUCGUGUAAAAUAAAUUAUUGCGGUGCAACAAUGUGCGCGGGAACUGAUACACACACGUUUUGUCAAUAUUCUAAAGGUCCAGGGCCUUUGUGCACGGGUUUGAUGCCAGCAAGCCUGAGCAAGGAGGAGAAGAUGCGAAUACUGACUCGGCUCAACCACCGGCGCAAUGACGCUGCGCUCGGUCUGCUCGGAAACCUGCCAGCAGCAGGGGACAUGCUCAACAUGAGGUGGGUGGAGGAGUUGGCGCGUGAGGCCCAAAUGUGGGCCGACCAGUGUGCCGCGCCAAAAUUCCCCGAAGAUCACGACCUUUGUCGGGAUCUGUACUCGUUGCCGGUGGGUCAGAAUGUGGCGUCAGUGGUGGGCGAGGCGCCCGGCCUGCGCGUCGAAUCUCUGGUAGACUUGUGGUACAUGCAGGGCAGGCACUACAAGGCGAACGUUUCUUCAUUCGAACCACCUUCACAAAACAGCAGUUACUACGGUGAUUUUGCUCAAAUGUUGUGGUCGAAGACAUUCAUGGUUGGCUGUGGUCGCAGCAGAUUUAUGUCGAUGUGGCAAGACCGGCCGCGCACAGUCGAGCGGCUGGUGUGCAACAUGGCGCCGCGCGGGCCGCGCCCGCAGCAGCCGUUGUGGCAAGUCGCGCGCCCCGCUAGCCUGUGUCCACCACGGACCUCGCCAGCAACACAUUACCCCGGACUCUGCUCAGUCAAUGAUAGUCAGAAAUUUGAUAAGAAAGAAUAUAAAAUGCCUAUAGAAGAUUCCGUUAUAAUAAGUACAGUAUUGGAAUUAGAUAGAAAUUCAUCAUUUGAAAAUGUUGAAAACUUAGAUGAAAUCUAUGUAGCAAAAUUAGCAGCGAUAAUUAUGGAAAAGUCAAAUAACGAUCAACAAGAAAGUGACCAAAUUAACGUCACGGAAAUCGUUAGCAAAAUGGGAAUUAAGUUUGAAGACUUUAAUACAUUAAAUAAAAGGAUUGCAAACGAGCGAAAGAAAAUUAGAAGGUACAUGAAUAAUUAUAGUAAAUCUAGAAGAAAAUUAAGAACUGUUGGAAGACCUAAAGCAUAUUACUUGUAUGAAUUAAGUAAAGAAGAAGACGAAAAGAGAACGAAAUAUACUGUAGAUAUAAAUCCAGUCAUAGAGAAAGAAACAAAAGACUCAGUAAUGGAAGAAGUUACAAAAGAAAAUGACGAACUAUUUACAAAUGAGACCGAAUUAUCGAGCAAUAGCACAGAAGAUGUAGAAAUAUUGAAUUCAUCGAGCGAAGUUAGUGUACAAAUUGACGAAGCAGUUACAGAGAUAUUAAUAAAUUCAAGCAACCAGAUAACAGAAGCAAUAUCUAAUUCAAGUGUCGAAACUACAGAACUUUUUUUAACAAAUUCAAGUAACAUUGAAAACAAUAGUUCAGAAAUCAAUGAUGAUUUAAUUAAAGAAUAUUUAUCAGACCCUGAAACAGCGCGGGAGCUGCAAGAGACGAUAAUGCGUAUGGAGCAUACAAUGGCCGGACAACCUUUAGAAGCCAACAUCACGCCGAUGUUUCUUCGACCGACAACACCUACUCCCAUGAAAGUACGUCGAGAACUGAAGACUACGCAAAGCGAAGAAUUCAAAAGGUUUAAGAUGAUGUUCCAGAAACGAACACAAACGCCUAUACCUGGACCAAAAGAUAAAGAUGAAGAAACUGAAGGAGAACCGAUUCUUAUUGGUGAAAAACGUACAGUUCUGCAGACUCUUUUGAGUUAUAUUCCUAAUAUGAGAUCUCUUGGUCUUAUCUCCGGUUCGGAAUACGGCGUCGCGUUUUCUAUCAAACCGUCAUAUUUCUUAAUAUUUUCAUUCUUCAUUAACCACAAGAAACAGAGCAGUUUGCCCGCAACUUGA